AUGAUGCGCACGGCAGCUGCCCGAAGACCACGGGUCGCAAAACCAACGCUAAGCGCUGGAGCACAACAAACCCGCCAAAAGACGUUCAUCAAAAAAGAGGACAAGAACGGAGAAAUAUAUUAUGCCAUCAACAGAUGGGGCAGGGCAAAACCCAAGACGCCACCGAAUCGGGAACUCUUCCAGAUCAAUAAUCUCCUCCUCGACCUCGACGACAUGGACAGUAAGCACGUGCGAACGUGUACCGAGGACGAUGAGGCUCAGAUGCUCAAACACUGGUCUGUGGAUCCCAAGCGCCAGGCAUUGAGAAGCCGGCUCCAGGAGCUGUUGAGCGAGGUCGAUUGGUCCCGGCGCAAGGUUUUCGAGAUGUCGAUGGACCCAACCAGUUCCUGGCAACUCGGGAGCCAUGACAUUCUCUCCGCAGCCCUCAACGGAGCCCCAUCUAGCUCAACAUCAGGCCCACCAGUCUCCUCCAACGGCCAACAAGGGUUCGCUAACGUUCUGAAAACCGAGACACCGGGUCAAUCCAACACUCUCCACACCAUCUGCUCGAAAAAUGGGAUUCCGGAUCACGCCAAACAGGACGACGAAUUAUUGCUUCACUGGUUUCAGCUACGCAAUCAAUUGGCGCAGUCCGAGCAGACCAGCAAACCCCCGUCUCCCAGCCAGCUCGCAUCAGCCCUAAGAGAGCAGGACACGGUUAUCGGCAUUCGCAGGCUAGUUUCACAAUGUCUGUCUUCAGGCCUGGACGCCACGUCUUUUCACCAGACGCUCCACAACGGCCGAGGGCGACCACCUUCCAGCCUCUCUAGCGAGGUUCGGGAUGCAUGCGCGAAUAUUCUGAACGGCUGCCAGGAGAAAAGCGCAACUUGUCACGACCUCUUGGCUUUCCUUGGCAACCUUAGCCAGAGACUAUCGUCUAGUGGCGCCCAUAUUGGCGAGCCGUUGUGUGGGCUUGGGCUGAGGCUUUCAGCCGAGAUGGGCAAGCCCGCAGCCACCAUGGAAUACCUCGAUAUCGCCUUUAGAGAUGGAUACUUUGGGGAUGAGGCUUUGGGUGACGUCCUCGAUACUUUAGAGACGUACUCGCACCAUCUCAGUGUCAAUUCAGAGUCAAAAUUCCUCGACAUUGGCGACAGACAGACCCUCCUGAGUCUAUUGACGGGUAUCCGCAACGAUACCCAUGCUGCAGAAAGCCACACUGCACACGGAUCAAUUCGAACUGUUGCCAUUCAUUUCCUCCGGGAGCGGCGCGACGAUGGCGCUACACUGAUGGCCCUGGAAAUCUAUCGGGCUUACAUAGUCCUUCUAGGUCGCCUAGGCGCGGUGACAUCGCUCUGGCAAGAAUGGCGACUAUCGGGGGCCGAGCUCGAAGGUUUGAUCCGAAACGGGAACCUACUGAUGCCCGAGGGCCAGGCAGAGGAGAUUGUCGUGGAAUCUUUCAGAAAUGCAAUUGGGGCAUCCCUCUCAGUUGUGGCUCUUCGUGAUGAUGCAGCUUCGACGGACCUCGACUUGGCGGGUUGUGCCACGCGGGACCUGGAAGCCAUUGAAGAGCAGAACCAGGAUGCUUGGCUCGGGUACCAGCAGCAGGAGGCGCACCCUAUGCAAGGACUGUUGGACGGCGAUUUCCGUGCGGCGCUGGGUCUCCCACUUGAUGGGUGGAUGGAAAGGUUGCGGCGUCUAGCUGAAGGAACUGAUCCCCGAGGCUGA